CAAUACAAACAACAAAUUUCCCAGAAAGGUGUUAUUUAUUAUCUAUAUUUGUGGCUGCACUGUGGAUAAUGCUUGUGAUACGCUCAAAAAUGUCAACAAACAUUUGGCCUAAAGAAUAAAAGAAAAUAUUAUGGUACCUCCAAUUCUUGAAACAAACAAACACCUAUGGAUUAGUACUGGUCACCGUCAGCCGAUAAUUUGUUGCAUGAUGUUGAACUUUUUUAAUACAAGUUAACUAUUUUUCGUUUUUGAAUUAAUAAAAUAAAUCUUCUUUGUCGUUUAUUUAUAAUGGCCAAUCAAUAUAAAGGUUGUUGUGUAUCUAUAAAUUGUGUAGAUGGUUCUGUUGUUCAAGGUGAAGUGAGUGGUAUGUCAGAUGAGAAUGAAACUUUAAUCUUAACACGACCAUUUAAAAAUGGUAUACCUCACACAGAAAAAGAAAUCCGUAUAAAGUAAGCCUACAAUAUAAAAUAAGUCUUUACUUAUUAGAUUAAAGAUAAUUAUUUUAUUUUUUAACUAGAGCAUCGAUGAUAGAAAAUCUUAAAAUAAUAAAAUCACAAUUAGAAAAUGAACAAGUUGUUGAUAAUCAAGUAGCUAAAGCAAAUAAAAAGAAUGUGUCUAUAUCAAAACAAAAUAAUGUUAAACAAAAAAAUAAAUCAAAAAAUAAUUCAAUUUCAGAACCAGGUUAGUAUAUUUUAUGUAUUUUUGAACAGUAGAGUAUUAUCAAUAAAAAUAGUAUAAUAUAUAUAUAUUUGGUUUUAGGGAAAAAUGGCUUAAAUUAAUUCUUUAUAGUUUUCAAUACUAGCAAAGUUAAUGUUUAAAAUUACCAAAUGGCAUAAUUGCUCAAUUACCUAAUAGCCAACCGUAAUGCAAGCUUUUUAAAUGGUUUACAUUUUAUACCUUUAUACCUAACAAAAAGUGCAUCAUUGUGACUUGAGACGUUUUAAUUUUCAGUGUAAUUUGUGUUAAAAUACUCAUAUACUUAUAUCAAUUGGACUGAAAAAUCAUGUUAGACAAUUCCCCCAAAAAAAUUACCUUAACCAUUCUUCCUGUUAACUUAUAAUAUGUGUUCGUUAUUUAAGUAAAAUCAUCUAUUAUACAUUUUAGAUUAUAUAUCACUCUUGCAUAUAAUAUGAAAAUAAAUUGUUUGAAAAAUUUAAACUAUGGCAGAAGUAUAAAAAAAAAAACUAACAUACUUUGCACGUUAGGUGGGCCAUUGUUGUAGGGGAUAAGUUGAGAAGGUAGGAUAUAGAGGAAAUUGAAUGUAUAUCUAUACACAACAAUUAACUUUUGUGAACAAAAAACUAUUCUGAGUGGAGUUCUGUUAUACAUGUUUUGAAGGGCCAUAAUGUUUAAAAUUUGAAAUUAAAAUAACUUAUAAUGAUCCUCCCGUUAUAUUUUCAAUCAUUUCAGUUUUGUCUAAAAAAUUUAUCCACAUAGUACCUACCAAAUAAAUAGUCCCUUCAUAAAAAACGUAUAAAUAAAAAUAAAAUGUUUAUCUAUAAAUAGCUCAAAAUGGCUAAAAUUUUACCAGAUUUAGAAAAGGAAAAUAUAAGUUUUCUGUUAAAAUUUCAAGUUUCUAGUAAUAUUUUUAAUUGAAUUACAACAAAAAAAUUUGAAAAUAAUGCAUUUUGUAAAUUUGCCCCCCUUUUCUUAAGUUUAUUCCCAAUUAUUAUGAAAACUCCUGAGAAAAUCAUAAAAUGACAUUAAAUUUGUAUCAACUAGUCAACAUUCCCUUUCAGAAAACAUGCUACACUUGAAAAUCUGAGCAAAAUUUCUGAAAAAAAAGUUGUUCACAGAAAAAUUAAAAAAUAUACAUCAUAGUAAAACCAAUAUAUUGCUCGCUCUGCUCAGAAUCUAAAAUGUAUUUUGUAAUUUCUCAUUUGCGGCUUUUCACUAUUAUCAAGUUACUGAUUAAACAUUGUAGAAUGAGUCAUAAUUUAAAUUUUUUUUAAAUAUUAAAAUAAAAAUAAUAAUAAAUUAACAAAUAUUUUUUAGAACAACCAACACAAAAUUUUAAUAAUCAUAAAGAACGCAAUGAUGCUUGUUUUGGUGUAUCACUAGACACAAUAGUGAAGGAAGAUUUUGAUUUUGAAAAAAAUCUAGCAUUGUUUAACAAAAAAGCAUUUUAUAAUAAAAUUCAUAAGAAGCCUGAUCUUGUUCCAAAUGAAAGAGUUUCAAAUAAAUAUAAACAUAAUGAAAAUGUAUUACAUUCAACUCCAGUCAAGUUUAGACAAGUUACAGUUCCUUCGCCUGCUAUUAAUGAAUAUAUAACGGGUAAAUAGAUUGGUAUAUUGAUUUACAUUUUAACUAUUUAUAUUAUUUUAAAAUACUUUAAAAAUGUUAGUUUUAUGUAUUACAUAUUAUUAUUACUUAAAUUUUCUAUUUAAAUAUCUUCUAGAUGAUGGUCUAGUUGUUCCAAGCAUAACAUCAGAGUUGCGAUGGAAACUAUUUAAUCUAGUUGAAGAAAAUGGUCUAACGUCAGGUCGGCAAAAUGAAAUAAUUGGGCGUGCAGCUACUGAAAUGGUUUUACAACUUUUAGGUGGAGGUUAUAGGUAAAUUACUAUACCAUAUUAAUUGCUUGUCUAUGAUUAAUUAAAAAUUUUCAACAGUUAUGCCCAGUUUUAAUAUUUUGUAUAAAGCGAUUUUCAAAUUUUUAAAAACAAGAAAAUUUGCAAACUAGUACUUAAUUUUUGAUUCCAUUUAGUUCCAUUUAUAGUUGCUUUUUGUUUGCAAUGAUUUAUCAGUAUUGAAAUAAUUGUUUUUUUCAACUGUUUGGAAUUACCUCUAAAUUAUUACACAGUACCUCUGAUGUCUUUGUCCAUAUUCUUAAAUUUUGGCAUAUUUUUGUAAAGGGGAACUCAAUUAUUUUAAUCAUUCUACCUCUAAUAUCAUUAUCUUUGUUCCUAACCUACAGUAAAAUUCAUCAUGUCUAUUGAAUUAUGCUUUACUUAACCAUAUGUUUUGCUUUUUUUUACAGUAUACAGUGUGUUCCCCCAUGUGUGUCAAACAUGGUGGAUUUUUCUAGCAUUGUUAAUAUUAGAUUUUUUUUCAAUCAGUUUGUCUUUGAGGGGGACAUAGAUUUGGAGAAAAAUAAAUUUUUAUUUUCAUCCCCUAAAGACAAAUAAAUAACUUUAUUUUUUCACUUUAGAAAAUUGUCAAAAUGGCCAUUUUGUAGAAAAUAUUAUUUAAAUAAUUUUAAUGUUUAUAACACAUUUAUAUCCGAUGAAUAAUUUCUUAGUUAUAGCCAUUUUAAUUGAAAUCAAUUAAUAUUCAAUAAAAUAACACAUUAUGCGAUAAGAAAUUAUAAUCAGCACAGUAAUUCAUUACCUUUUAUUGAAUAUCAGUUGUUUUCACACUUAUUUUCUAGAAAUUAAAACAGCUAUAAUUAAGAAAAAAUUAAUUGAAUAUGAAUGUAUGUUACAUUAAAAUUUUAAGAAUGAUAUAUUUAUAAAAUAGCUAUUUUGAAAAUUUUCUCAAGUGAAUAAAUAAAGUUUUCUUUUGUGUUUAAGGAAUGAAAAUAAAAAUUUAAUUUUUUUCAAAAUCAAUGUUUGAUGGGACACACUGUAUUUUACUCAUUUUACUACACUAUUCUUGAAUGCAUUUUACUUUAUACUAACAUUAUUUAUUAUUAUUAUUAUUAUUCAUAUAGAUUUAACCCUAGAAAUGAACAUCAAUGGCCUCGGGUAGUUGUUUUGUGUGGACCUAACCGAUCAGGUGCAAUGGGUGUGAAUUGUGCUAGACAAUUAAGCAGUUAUGGUGUACAUACUGUAGUGGUUCUUUCUGAACCAGGGUUAUAUACUCCACAACUGGCUAAUGAAAUGGCUUUAUAUCAGUUUACGACUGGUACACUUAUAACUAGUGCAGCAGGUAAUUAUAAUUUACUACACUAUUUAUUAGUGUUAAUUUGUUUAAUUUAAUAGUGUUUGCAGUCAGUACCUCAGGUACUUAAACUUAACUUUGAAGUUCAAAUAAUUAAAUAUUUUUGGUUUAUAACUUCGUGUAUGUCAUAGCUACUUUAUAAAAGUGAUGUUUAAAGAAAGUCUUUAUUUAAUAAUUGAUAAAAUUAUGGGUGUUCUGAAAAUUGUUAAAUUAUAUAUUAAAUCAAAUCUAUACUUGCUAUUUGAAAUAUAUACAUUUUAUUGUAACAUACUAUUUUAUCAUAGCAUUUUGAUUAUACCUUGGUAUUAAAUAAUGACUGUAUGGAUUGCAGAAUACACGUGAUAGCAUGCAAGAAGGUAUGGUAUUUAACAUUCACUUCACCUUUUACAGUAUACAUGGUUCAUAAAAAAAUUUUUAUAUUUAUAAAGUGAAUUAUUCAUUACUGCAGGUUUUUUUUAUAAAUAUAAUAUUCAUUAAAUGUUACUAUGAUAAUAAUAGCAUCAUAAUAAUUUUGUUAGGUAAAUGUAUUAUGAUAGUGAAUAACCAAAAAGCAGUGAAAAUUACAUUAUGUUGAAUAUGUGUGACCAUUUUAUGGAACAUUUUUUAUUGCACCAAGUGUAAAAAUGCUGUUUCCUUUUCAUGAAAUUAAAUUUUCACAAAGUGGCUAUGACAUAUAUAGUUAUAAAUAGGGCUCUUAAGUUAUAGGACUUUUUUUGGAGCCAGUUAGUUAAUGCUGGUCAAAAAACCUUAUAGGGUUAUUUUGAUAUUCAUAUUUUAACUUUUUUCAUUAAAAUUGCAUAUUUGAUUUUUUUUUUUUUUUCUAUAUAUAUAUAUGUAUUACACAUUUUAAGGGAAGAAAAAUUAAAAUUUUUAAGAAGUUUGUAGAUUUAAUUGUAUAUUUUGCAAAUUAUCUCCUGUAAUUUCCGAGCCCUAGUUAUAAUAAAAAAUACUUCAAUUUUUCAAUUGAAAUACAUUGCAUAAAGAAUUGUGUAAUGUUAUAAAUGGUAUUUAAAUUAUAGUACAUACUUUUACAGACUUAAUCAAAUUAAAUUUUGUUUAAAAAUAAUUUUAAUAAUUUAUCCAUUAAUAUCACUUUAGAACCAUUUAAUACUUAUAACAUUUCAGAAUGGUUCUAUAACCUAUAAUAUCUUAUUAAUUAUUAAAUUAAUUUUAAAAAAAUGUAAUUUUGUGUAUUUGAAUAAUAUUUUUAGAGCUACAUGGUUUGUUAGAUCCUGAUUUUGUAGUAGUAUCUUUGGCUGACGAACAAACUGAUACUGUAUCUCGAAAUAUUAGCAAUUGGGCUAAAUCAGUAAGAUCACCAUUAAUGGCCAUUGAUCCUCCUUCACAAGGAACACCGUCCGUAGUAGUAAAAUAUUCAUUAGUACCUGCUUUACCCUUAGCUUACAGUGAAUCAAAUGGUAAAAUAUAUCUUUGUAAUAUGGGUAUUCCUACCCAAGUAUUUCAUUUAACUGGAAUCCAAUAUAAAUCACCAUUUGGUUCUAAAUCAGUAAUACCUUUACAUAUUAAUGAGUAAUAUGAUUGAUAUAUAACAAUUUAAAUAAUUAUUUGUUUCUUGACAAAUCCUUAAGGAUAAUUUUAAUUCUAUACUCUAUUUUUAAUAAUCUGUUUCACAAGUGAACAGGCUAUAUUUGCAUAUGUAUACUGGGCUCCAGUGGUGAAGCAAACUUUCAUUUGUUUCUCCACAAGACGAAACAAUACAAUAGUAUUGGCGCUGUAGCGGCCGUUUUGGUUAGUGUGCAGCCUUUACUCUUGUAUUACAGAGUAUAAUUGUAUGUUUUGUAUCCAAAUCAUUUUAUUUUAUUCAUCUUUAAAAAAUUUAAUCACACGACAGUCAAUAGUUAUAUAUGUUAAAUAAUUUAUUAUUAUAUAUAUAUAUAUAAAUAUAUGUUUUACAUGGUUCAUAUACAUAUUGAUUUGUUAAUAAUUAGAUUAUAUCCGUCAAUUUUAUUUCUAUAUUCAAUUUAUUUUUUGUACUGUAUUGUCCAUUUAUGUUUAACACAAAUAACGUUUUAUUUUUUAUUUUUUUUUGUGUAUAGUUGAGUUAUUUAAACAAAAACUUGACUAGUGGAACUAAGUUCAAAUAAUUUUAAUAUACAUUUUUUUUAUACACAUUUUUAUUUAUAUAAUAUUAUCGUCUGAUUUUUUUUUUAAUAUAUAUUUAA